CGAUCGUUUGUUAAUGUAUCGUAGCGUAUCCUGCGGACUGUGUCGUCCUGCCGUUCGCUCGCUGUGAUCUAUCCAGAGCUCCCGAAUUCCCCUACGGAAGUGGGCUAAACAGGCCCGAUUCGGACGUAAUUCCCGAGCCUAGCUUAUCACUCUCCUUCUCCUCUCCCCGUUUGGCCGGUUUACGAACGGCUGCUGCCGGCACCGAAACCCUGGACACCGAAAUGAUGAAAAUGGACACGGAUAAAAUCAUGGACGACGGGAUCGCCAACUCGCAGUACACCACCCAGAUACUGUACGACCCGGCGAGGAAGAAAGAACCGUCACCGGCAUUUCAGAGCGAGAGCAAUACCUGUCUGAUGUACUUCUCCAAAUGGAGCGAUGCCAACCAGGUGGAGUUCGUCGAGCAUCUUCUCUCCCGCAUGUGCCAUCAUCAGCACGGCCACAUCAACACCUUCCUGAAACCGAUGCUUCAGCGAGACUUCAUUACACUGCUACCCACGAAAGGAUUGGACCAUGUGGCGGAAACCAUUCUAUCUUACCUGGACGCCAAAUCGCUGUGUCGAGCGGAGCGUGUCUGUAAAGAGUGGUCCCGUGUCAUCUCCGAGGGCAUGCUAUGGAAGAAGCUGAUCGAACGAAACGUCCGCACGGAUUCCCUUUGGCGAGGAUUGGCGGAGCGCAAAGCAUGGAUCAAAUACCUAUUCAUACCACGACCGAGCGUGACGGUGCGGCAGCAUAAAUUCUAUCGCGAGCUGUUCCCCAAGAUCAUGAAGGACAUCGAAGCGAUCGAGAACAACUGGCGCACGGGCAAUCACAAUCUCCAGCGAAUAAACUGCCGGUCAGAGAAUUCGAAAGGUGUCUACUGUCUCCAGUACGACGAUGACAAGAUCGUGUCCGGUCUACGAGACAACACCAUCAAGGUUUGGAGCCGCUCGACGUUGCAAUGCUGCAUGAUUCUAACAGGACACACCGGAUCGGUGCUGUGUCUCCAGUACGAUGACAAGGUCAUCAUCAGCGGGUCCAGCGAUUCGACGGUGCGCGUGUGGGACGUGAACACCGGCGAUAUGGUCAACACUCUGAUGCACCACUGCGAAGCGGUUCUGCAUUUGCGCUUCAACAACGGAAUGAUGGUAACCUGCUCGAAGGAUCGUUCGAUCGCCGUGUGGGACAUGGUGUCACCAUCGGAAAUCGGACUAAGGCGCGUUUUGGUGGGCCACCGAGCUGCCGUUAACGUGGUUGAUUUUGACGAGAAGUACAUCGUGUCAGCGUCUGGUGACCGUACGAUCAAGGUGUGGAACUCGACGACCUGCGAGUUUCUGCGAACGCUGAACGGACACAAGAGGGGAAUCGCCUGUCUGCAGUAUCGGGACCGUUUGGUGGUCAGCGGCAGCUCCGACAACUCGAUCAGACUAUGGGACAUCGAAUGCGGUACCUGCCUGCGAAUUCUCGAGGGCCACGAGGAGCUCGUUCGCUGCAUUCGGUUCGAUUCGAAGCGCAUCGUUAGCGGAGCGUACGAUGGCAAAAUCAAAGUAUGGGAUCUCCAAGCUGCCUUAGACAUUCGAGCUCAGACCAACACGCUGUGCUUGAAGACGUUGGUGGAACACACCGGUCGUGUAUUCCGGUUGCAAUUCGAUGAAUUCCAGAUCGUGAGCAGUUCGCACGACGACACGAUUCUGAUAUGGGACUUCCUCAACUGUUCGCCCAAAGAGGAAGCAACGACAACGUCUUCAAGUGGCGCCAUGGUCCCGAGCAACCAUCACAACAACAGUGGAAGCAGCAGUGGUAGUGGCUCCAUCUCCGGUGCUCUAGGACUUGCUGCCGUCGGGCUCGGUGGAGGUAGUGGGGGCGGUGGUGCAGGCAGUGGAGGAGGAAACGGUGGCGGUGGUGGUGGUGGUGGCGGUGAUGGCGGUAGUAACAGCGGCAAUGGCGGUAGCGGUGGCGGCAACCAAAAUGGCAACCAUAUGUUGGGCAGCAAAAACUACCAGAACGCCAACAACAACCAUCAGAACGACGAUCUGAGUGACUAAGUGAUUUGGGGAGCUAAGCGGCGUAGAAGGCGCGCUGAGAAGAACACGUGGGCUCGGUUCCUCGAGACCUCAAUUUGUAGCGUGUAACCGUUUUACGUACGCCAUGUCGAUUCCUUCGUUUGCACACCCACACGCUCGCGCUCUCUUGUCUUUUAUUAUGAUCAUUUUAUUCCCGCUGUACCCUUUCUCGAUCUGUUUACAGUCUCAUUUUAUCCUCUUCAUUUCUGCCCUACUGUGUGCACUUUUCCACCGUUUCGAGGAGCUAUUUUUUAAGCCACAUGUGCCCCCCUAAUCGUUGCAUAUUGCGAUCUCAAACACAAAUCAAUCCCCAGGAAGCGUAGCUUUGCUUUGACUCAGCCUGCUUUGAUGCGCCCAGACAAGGUUUUGAUGUUUCUGCAUCAUUCUAGCUAGUUCAUUUAUUCAAACACACACACACACACAUCAGCAACAACUAUCGCGUUCAUUUAAACUGACCAACAAGUGCAGCAAACUGUUAGUAAAUGCGCGAAGCAAAACUAUGCUCGUCGUAUCAUUGAGAAUCACUGGAACAGUUUGGGUUUUCCUUACGCUGAGUUUUCAUUAGCGUUCGCCUUAGCUGAACGUCGGAUGAAUGUCGUAAGAGAAUCAUCGUGCAGAAGAUAUCAUUUUAGGUGAGACAAAAAAGAUCGCAUUCAAUCAUUCAAUCUGCAGCGAUCGUGAAAGAGAAAGAGAGAGAGAGAGAAAAUGGAGAAAGGAAGCUCACAUCUUCAUUAGAUAGGCAAAAAAGUUGAUGGGAAGCGAAAGAAAGAGAGAAAGAGCGCGGGAUGAUGGGUUGGAAAUGUGAAAAAGAUCCUGAAAAGGCGCGCCUCACAAGAACAACAACUCAAACAGAACUGAUUCUAUCUAAAGGGCAAAAAAAUCAUAACGCGAUAAGAUUGUAAUAAAACAAAAGAUUCUGAUAAAACAAACGUCAAGUGUCCACUAACAGAACUCCUACUCUCUGUGGCAGGAUCGGGCGUACUGCAAAACGAGAUGACAACUUCUUAAUCUUGAAAGAAGAGAGAGUGCCAACUGUAUCCAAGGAAGGGCGCGAUUGCUGCAUGCGGUCAUGAGGCGGUAGUUGUUGACUGUUAAAAGAGCAUUGGGACGUUUUGUUUUAUUCGCGCAAACCAAUUCCAAAUCCUACACCAUAACGGAAUGUGCAGACGAAGUGAAAUGUGUACUACUCUACCUUCCGUGUGCGUGUUUUCGUGUUGAUCGAUCGAACGUAGCGAAACUGGAAUAGAAAAAGAUCCUCAAAUGGGGUGCUCAGCGAUG